AUGUGCAACCGGACCGACACGGGACUUGCUAUCGGGUUUAGAGACCUGACUCUCGUCCACCCUACUUCUGGGCGCAAAAUUCUAGACGCUGUCAGUGGCGUUGUACCCAAAGGCCGGUUACUUGGAAUACUGGGGCAUUCGGGAUCAGGUAAAACAACACUUAUCAACAUUCUCGCUGGUCAGGUCAAACAGACUUCAGGGACCAUACUUUGGAAUGAAGUGGAGCAGGACAUGUCACGCUUAGGAGCCUCGCGAGGCGUCAUCAAAUUCGUCCCGCAGGAUGACAUUGUUCACCCACAUCUGACCGUCUGGGAAAAUAUUCUGCAUUCAGCACGUGUUCAGCUUGGAGGAUCUUGUACUGAUAAGGACAUCCAGGGACAUGUUCAAUUGGUCAUCAGUGCUCUUGGUCUUUUUCAAGUCCGGGAUAGCGUUGUUGGUAAUGAGCAGCGUCGGGGAAUAUCUGGGGGCGAACGCAAGCGUGUGAGCAUUGCCUUAGAAUUGGUAGCAUCACCCCCAGUCCUAAUUCUCGAUGAGCCAACAUCUGGACUGGAUGCUCAAGCAGCCUUGUCCAUUAUCAAGCUUUUAAAAAAACUUGCCGGCAAAGGAAUUACUGUGCUAUGCGUAAUUCAUCAACCACGCGUCGAGAUUUUCGAGACUCUAGAUGCCGUGUUAAUCCUGGACACAGGCCGACAGAUAUACUCGGGACCGACUUCCUUGGCCAAGGCCCACUUUGAGGACAUGGGAUACAAGUUCGACCCAAUGUCUAACCCAGCGGAUGUCAUACUUGACAUCGCUUCUGGAUGCUAUGAGUCCAGGCAAUUUCCUAAUAUGGACAGAUCUGCAAAGUCUUCUGCUAACACUAGUACCGACCACGACAAGUCUAGUGCUCAGAAUCAGCUUCGACAACAGUAUAAACACCAAACUGCUCAAUGGCACGAGCAAGUAUUUCUCUGCCUUUACCGUGAUAUAAAGCAGCAAUCCCGGCAGCCUGCGAGUUUCUGGACAGAAAUAUUUGCUGGCUCCUUGACUGGUCUAUUGCUCGGAUUGGCCCUGUAUGAGUUGCAGGGUCAUUUCUACGGGGGCCUCUAUUUGGCUCCAUUUACACCUCUUUCCAGCGCCGUGAAUUAUACUGUUGCACCAGAAGUCGCAUUGUUCACUUGCUUUUGCAUAACAUUUGCGAGUGCCGCGCCGAGUGUGAUCAUAUUUGGAGAAGAAGUACUUAUAUCCCAACGGGAAUCCAGGUCUGGUCAUUCCAUGAGUGCAUAUUUUGUUGGAAAAUCUAUUUCCUGUUUUCUGAGAUACACCCUCUCUGCUCUGCAUUUCACCUCGUUCUACGUUUUGCUGGCGACGCCACUGGUUCGCUUUCAAAUCUUGUUUGCCCUCAACCUCGUUUUUUUUUAUUGUGUCUACGGGAUUGGGUCUGUGAUAGCAGCUAUUACUCAACGCGAAAAUGGCCCCUUGGUCUGCUUUAUGGCGACAAUUAUUGUUUCUGUGCUUUCAGGUGCCCAGCCUCGUCUUGCCAUUGUCAAGCAGUGGCACAUGGCGUGGCUCUGGUACUUACUCCCAGGGACGUGGUUUGCCGAAGCAUACAUCAAUGAGCAUAUCUCGCCUUUUUCUUAUCUAUACAGGACAAAAGAAGUUGCUGAAUACCUCGGAUACACUUUUGGUCGGACUGGAUUUGAUGUGGGGCUUGCUAUCUUAAUAGGCACUAUGUAUCGAGUAAUUGGUUGCUUGCUAAUGACCGUCCGCGCUCGGACAGGUUGGUGGUAA